UAACCCUAACCCUCCGAUGGUUUCAGGUGAUGCCGGCCGUAAACUCCGCUGUGGAGCACCUCAAAACUUCUUCUCCGUUGGACGUUGAGCUUCCUGGCCUAUGGACAGCACGGAGAGCGACCAUGCUUAGCUUUUUGAAGGUCAGUCGCCUGUCACCGCUUCUGUCCGCUUGGUGGAUGACCGCACGAGUUGUCGCUGAGAACGUCGAUGAUGGACCACAAGGAGCAGAGCUACUGGCAGGAGACGGGGCGAUGGGCGGCCAACGAGGAGAGCUUCGAUCCACAGUCCGGCGUGUGGGCGUCCUCGCCCGUCUCGUACCUCACCUUCAAGAGUCUGGUCCAGUUGCGACGUUCCAUGAACACUGGUGUGGUGCUUUUCGACUGUGUGGAGAAAACCUUGGAUGGCAUCGCAGAGAAGAUUGUCGCUGAAAUGCUUAAGCAGAAGCAGAUCAGACCAGGAGACCAGGAGGGGGUCAUGAAAUGCCUGCUCCAGAACCGCUGCCAACAAGCCGAUCCAGAGAGUCAAGCCCUGACGGACGAAGUGGACCUCCACAGGUUCUCCGUCAAGGAAAGGAAGGAAGAAUCUGACCACGUCGAGGCUUCAAUGGUGUUAGUAGGAGUUUUGGACUUCCUGGAAAAGCCAGCGGUCGUCUUUGUGCGUCUGAAGGAGGCGGCGGCGCUCGACUCGGCCUUGGAGGCUCCAGAGCCGAUACGCUUCGUCUUGGUGCUGAUCGGGCCCGCCAAUGCCGAAUUGGAUUACCAUGAAACCGGGCGAGCCAUGGCGGCGCUCAUGGCCGAUAAAUUGUUCAACCAGACGGCGUCUCGGGCGAAAAGCCUACGAAACUUGACCGAAGCCGUCGGCGACUUCAUGGACUGCAGCAUUGUCAUCCCGCCCACCGAGAUCCAAAACGAAGCCAUGCUCACUUCCAUCGUCAACUUCCAGAAGAAAUUGCUCAAGGAUAGAGUCCACUCGUCGGAGCCCGUGUUGGAAAGCAAGCCGAGUCAGAUUACAUUCUCUUCCGCACCACCGCCCGAAGACCCCCUGUCCCGCACGGGUCGACCGUUCGGCGGGAUGAUACGAGACAUUCGAAGACGAUACCAGUAUUACAAGAGCGACAUUACCGAUGCUCUCAACGCUCAGGUCCUUGCUGCCAUUAUCUUCAUCUACUUUGCAGCGCUCUCUCCCGCCAUCACUUUUGGGGGCCUCCUAGCGGACAAGGUGGAGGAUAUGAUGGGCGUCUCGGAGCUUCUCAUCUCCACAAGCAUCCAGGGGAUUAUCUUCUGUUUCGUUGCUGCCCAGCCUGUUCUUGUCAUCGGCUUCUCCGGUCCUUUGUUAGUGUUUGAAGAGGCCUUCUUUGCUUUCUGCAAGUCCCAGGAGAUCGAGUACAUCGUCGGGCGAGUGUGGGUGGGCGUGUGGCUGGUGAUCAUCGUGGUGGUCAUCGUAGCGUGCGAGGGAAGCUUCCUGGUGCGCUUCAUCUCCCGCUUCACCCAGGAGAUCUUCUCCAUCCUCAUCUCCAUCAUCUUCAUCUACGAAACCUUCGCCAAGCUCGCCAGGAUCUUCAAGGCUCAUCCGCUGAUUCUGAAUUACGAUCAUCUGAACGCAUCUUUAGAAAACCCCUGGCACCCAAAAGUGGAACGGGCGGUCAUGUUCGACAACGAGACAGGCAACACGACCGUUAUCGCCCGAACUUUAAUGCCAGCCUACCCUAACACGGCCCUGCUCUCCAUGUGCCUCAUGCUUGGCUGUUUCUUCAUUGCAUACUUCUUGCGCCAGUUCAAGAACGGAACAUUUCUGCCGGGAAAGGUCAGACGUUUGUUAGGUGACUUUGGUGUGCCCAUUGCCAUUUUCCUCAUGAUUGUGGUGGACUACUCCAUUGGAGACACCUACACUCAGAAACUGGUGGUCCCUAAAGGUCUGAUGGUGUCGAAUCCCGCCAAAAGAGGCUGGCUCAUCAACCCAUUUGGCGAGCACUCACCCUUCCCCGUAUGGAUGAUGUUUGCGUGCUGCGUUCCGGCUUUGCUCGUCUUCAUCCUCAUCUUCUUGGAGUCUCAAAUCACAACCUUGAUCGUGAGCAAACCCGAGAGGAAGAUGGUCAAAGGCUCCGGCUUCCACUUUGACCUUCUGAUUUUGGUGGGCAUGGGCGGGAUCAGCGCCAUAUUUGGCGUGCCGUGGCUGAGCGCCGCCACGGUGCGCUCUGUCACUCACGCCAACGCCCUCACCGUCAUGAGCAAAGGAACCAAACCUGUGAUCGAGAAAGUGCUGGAACAAAGGGUCAGCGGGAUUGUUGUUGCCCUACUGGUUGGUCUGUCCAUUUUAAUGGAGCCCAUCCUGAAAUUGAUUCCCAUGGCAGCCUUGUUUGGGAUCUUCCUCUACAUGGGUGUCACAUCACUCAACGGCAUCCAGCUGUGGGAUCGUAUGCUGCUUCUGCUCAUCCCCAAAAAAUAUCAUCCCAACGAGCCAUAUGCGACCAAAGUGAACACCAAAAGAAUGCACUUGUUCACAGUCAUCCAGAUCGUGAGCCUGGCUCUUCUGUGGAUUAUUAAAUCCAGUCCGGCAUCCCUUGCACUCCCAUUCAUACUCAUCCUCACCAUUCCCUUACGCAUGCUCAUGACUGGGCGUCUCUUCACCGAGCUGGAGAUGAAAUGUUUGGAUGCUGAUGACGCCAAAGUGACCUUUGAGGAGGAGCCGGGACAAGAUGUGUACUGGGAAACUCAGAUGCCAUUGUAGAUGUAGAGAAUGGCCACUUGUAAUAAAAAAUACAUUUAAAAAAAACAGAAAACACCACUCAAAUUAAAGUUUGCUGGUAAUUGUAUUCCAUUAAAAGUGGCUGUAGAAUAGUUCUUACGAACUGUUAUUUAAAUGUGACAAAUCAAUUUUUUCUAAUUGAAAAAAAAUUGGCCGUUUUCCUACUCAUGAAAGGACUUCAUAUUUUACUGAAAGUAAAUAAAAUGAUCAUUGCGGAAACAUUC